AUGCUCGUCGACGAGAUGCCGCGCAGUUUCGUUAAAAAGAACAACAGCUACAGUCACUGUCCGCUCAAGAAGCGGCCGGUGCACGUCAUGCUCUCCGAGGAGACGCCGGAGGUCGUGAAAGAGGAAAUCAUCGAAGUGGUGGCCGACGACAUCCCAGAGCCGGAGAACCUGAGCACGAAGCCGGAGGACCUCAGCAGAGCGUCCGAAAAAUUCAAGCUGGAUCGUCAUUCCCGGUCCCCGAGUCCGUACAUGCGCGCAGCAUCCCCAGUUACGGGUCACGCCGCGCACCUGCAGCCGGCCGAGCCGCUGCAGCACCAUCAGCACGCGCACGCGCACCCACAUCCACCCCACCACCAGCACGCGGGACACCCUCCUCAGCAGUUCCCGGCAAAAGCGCUGACGCCCCCAGCAGGCAUCGCGCCGAUCCACCCUGUGGCGAAAAAAGCGCGAGUGGAGGUCCUCCAGCACGAGAGCGCGACCCCUCCGGCGCCGCUGCGGUUCCUGGGCGGAAAGUCCCCGUUGGAGCCCUUGAACCUGAACACCCCGGUGGAGGCGCUGUCCGCGGCGUACGGAGCCCCUGCGUGGGCGCGCACCGCGCCCCUCUACCCUCCGCACUACCUGCCGUACCCGACAGCGGCCGCGGCCGCGGCCGCCGCAGCGGCCUACAGGUACCCGGGCGCGGAAUUGUACCCGUCGUACCCGGUGCCGGCGUACCCGCACUCCUCCCCGGAACACCCAUCGGCGUCGCCGCCACCACACGCGGCGUUGACUUGUCCCACCAUCCAGCGACCCAUCGCCAGGAGCUACGCGGCCCACUGGGCCAGCCCGGACCAUUGCGGCCUCUCUCCCACCAGCUCCCUGGGCUCGGGGUCCCUGAGGUCGCCUCCACCGGUCAGCCCCGAGGACCUCAGCUCACCUGGCAGCGACAGUGGCCGGUCUUCUGCCGGCAGCACCUCCGCUGGACCUCCACCCAUGGUCAAUCAGAAGGGCGACAAGGCCGCCACUUCCGGCUCAUCUCCUCGGUAUCAGUGCCCCGACUGCGGGAAGUCCUACUCCACCUACUCUGGACUCUCCAAGCACCAACAGUUCCACUGUGCUGCCGCGGAGGGACAGGCCAAGAAGUCCUUCUCCUGCAAGCACUGCGAGAAGGUCUACGUCAGUCUUGGUGCCCUCAAGAUGCACAUCAGGACCCACACCCUGCCCUGCAAGUGCCACCUGUGUGGAAAGGCCUUCUCCAGACCUUGGCUACUCCAGGGACACAUUCGCACCCACACUGGGGAGAAGCCCUUCAGUUGUCAACACUGCAACAGGGCUUUCGCUGAUCGCAGCAACCUCAGGGCUCAUCUCCAGACUCACAGCGAUGUUAAGAAGUACUCCUGCGCGAGCUGCAGCAAGACCUUCAGUCGCAUGUCCUUGCUUACCAAGCAUCAGGAAGGUGGGUGCCCUGGGGUCGCCGUGCCCAUGGGGUAUGGCUGUUAG